AUGCACCUGCCGGGCUGCGCGCCAGCCAUGGCCGACGGGAGCUUCUCGCUCGCUGGCCACCUGCUCCGCAGCCCGGGCGGGAGCACGUCGCGUUUGCAUAGCAUCGAAGCCAUUCUGGGCUUUACCAAGGAAGAUGGAAUCCUAGACACCUUUCCUACAGAGAGGAGCUCCAGGGGCUCGAAAGAGCGCGAUCCCAGACUGGGAGCCCGGCCCGCCUGCCCCAAGGCGCCAGCCGGAGGCUCGGAGUCAUCGCCACCAGCAGCCCCGGGGCUCGUUCCAGAGUACGAAGCUACUCGCCCCUGCUACCCCAAGGAGCAAGGAGAGGCACGGCCGAGCCCAGGACUCCCGGUUGGGCCAGCAGCAGGCGAUUCGAAGCUGUCGGAGGAGGAACCUCCCAAGAAGAAGCACAGACGCAACCGCACGACCUUCACCACUUAUCAACUGCACGAGUUGGAGCGCGCCUUCGAGAAGUCCCACUACCCCGACGUGUACAGCCGCGAAGAGCUGGCAGGCAAGGUUAACCUACCCGAGGUUCGGGUCCAGGUGUGGUUCCAGAACCGAAGGGCUAAGUGGAGGCGUCAGGAAAAACUGGAAGUGUCGUCCAUGAAGCUGCAGGACUCGCCUCUCCUCUCCUUCAGCCGCUCCCCGCCUUCCACGGCUCUGGCUCCCCUGGGGACCGGUCCGGGCAGCAGUAGCGGACCUCCGGGGAGCGCCCUACCGCUGGAGCCGUGGCUCGGGCCACCGCUGCCUGGCGGAGGAGCUACGGCGCUGCAGAGCCUGCCAGGUUUCGGGCCACCGGGACAGGGUCUCCCGACCAGCUACACGCCGCCACCGCCCUUCCUGAACUCCGCGCCCCUGGGUCCAGGUCUGCAGCAGCUCGGGCCACCGCCAGCGUACCCGUGCGCGCCUGCAUUCGGAGACAAGUUCUCGCUGGAGGAGGCGUACCCGCGCAACAGCAGCAUCGCUGCGCUGCGCCUGAAGGCCAAAGAGCACAUCCAGGCCAUUGGAAAGCCUUGGCAAGCCCUCUAG